CCCCCAAUAAUAGCACCAGAGCGAGGCCAAAUUACUUCUCGCCUCGAUCCAAAGCUCGCUAUCGGUCCUCGUGGAUUCCUCCGCUCUCGUAGAACUCUCUUCCGAUUUCUUCUCUCUUUGAGGAUUUUAGAUCCCUCCACGGCUCCCCUUUCGAUCUCUUGAAGGCGUUCGGGAUUAAUGAAGUUUAGAGAUUUUUCAACCAGAAGUAAACGGCUCCCUGGAAAUUCAAUUUUCUGCUUCACGUCAGCUGUUCUUCCAAUAUGAUUUUAUCUGUGAAAUGUUAUCAAAUGUGCUGAGAAUGCAGUAGCCUCUUGACCAUAAGUUCAUCUCUGAUCAACUCAGUGUCACAGUCAUGGACCGGGCAGACACAUCAGGCUUUGUCAGUGGUGGAGGCUGUUGUGAAUCAAGAUUUGAUACCUAUUUCCAUUACAUAUAUAUAUCACUUGACUAGUUUCUCAUUCUGUGGUGAAGUUUUAAUAAUGCACUGUUAGGAGAUUGACAGGCAUCUUCUGCUCCAACUUCUUCCUAAAUCCACCAUAAUUGAUUUCUCCUGCACGCUUUAUAUUAAACAGAAUGGAUCUUAACAUGACUGAGGUCUUCUUACAUGGAACGGAACCUUUGAUGAUUACUUCAGUCACGCAAACAGCUCACAUCUCCACUUGUGGCAGGAAUGACAACUUGGGCGAUACCACUUUACGUCUUGACUGCCUUGGGAAUGGAAUUAACAACACCUGUAGAAGAGUCCAUUCUCAGAGCAAUUCUGAUCUUUCUUCACAGGAUGAUGGAUGUAGACUGGUCCUUGGACUGGGUCCAACUCCAAAUAGCUAUUCUGCUGAUUAUUAUCCAUCUGGGAUUAACAAAGCCAAACGAUCUAUGAGCUUAUUUGGCCAGUGUUUUCCCGGACCGGAUGCUGCAAUGUUAAAGCUGGGACUUUCAGGUGGGAAUUCAGAAACUAUCCCAGCCCUGGCCCAGAGCAAUCAUGAAACUCUGUCGCCUCAGGUGAGCCCUGGCCCUCCUGCCAAAAGAAGCCUGCCCGUUCCAAUUGUUGAUGAGGGUUCAACUUCAGCCAAGAGGAAAUCAGGUGGAUAUAUGCCUUCUCUACUGUUUGCUCCAAGGUUGGGCAGUCUUAAUACUAAGGAAACCACACCAGAAACCACGGAACUAUUGGAUCUGGGAAGUGAUGGAAGUACCCAUAAACAUCACAGUUCUCAUCAUCAGCUUCAGUUCAGUCCUGAAUCUUCUGCCACAACUGAUGGUUCCAUGAGUGCAAUCUCUGAGCCCAUGAUUGCUGAUGUUGUGGCUGCUGAUACGACGAGUCAUCACCAUCAUCCGAAGAAGUGCAGAUUCAAUGGAUGUUCUAGAGGUGCAAGAGGAUCAUCUGGACUCUGCAUAGGUCAUGGAGGUGGACAAAGGUGCCAGAAACCUGGCUGCAACAAAGGAGCUGAGAGUCGAACAGCAUACUGCAAGGCCCAUGGUGGAGGGAGGCGGUGCCAGCGGCUUGGAUGCACUAAGAGUGCAGAGGGAAAGACGGACUUCUGCAUUGCUCAUGGUGGGGGCCGUCGGUGUGGUAAUCCAGGGUGCACCAAAGCAGCACGCGGCAAAUCCGGGCUGUGUAUCAGGCAUGGUGGAGGAAAGAGGUGCACGGUAGAGGGCUGCACCCGUAGUGCUGAGGGCCAGGCAGGGUUGUGCAUCUCCCAUGGAGGGGGUCGCCGAUGCCACUUCCCAGGCUGCUGUAAGGGUGCGCAGGGGAGCACCAUGUUCUGCAAGGCCCAUGGUGGGGGUAAGAGGUGCAUCUUCGAAGGGUGUACCAAAGGGGCAGAGGGGAGCACUCCAUUAUGCAAGGGCCAUGGUGGGGGCAAGCGGUGCCGCUUCGAGGGAGGUGGUGUCUGCCCAAAGAGUGUCCAUGGCGGCACUGAUUUCUGUGUGGCCCAUGGAGGAGGGAAGCGAUGUGCUGUGCCAGGAUGCACAAAGAGUGCCCGUGGCCGCACUGAUUGCUGUGUGAAGCAUGGAGGGGGGAAACGGUGCAAGUUUUUGGGAUGUGGGAAGAGUGCCCAGGGGAGCACCGAUUUCUGUAAGGCCCAUGGUGGGGGAAAACGCUGCACCUGGGACCAGGGGUGCGAGAAGUUUGCAAGGGGGAAGAGCGGUCUCUGUGCAGCCCAUGGGAGCUUGAUGCUCUCACAGCAGGAGCGUGAGGCUGGGAAUAGUGGGAGCAUGAUUGGUCCCGGUCUCUUCCAUGGGAUAGUCUCCACUUCAACAACUGUGAGAAGCAGCAUCGACAACGAGCACCCAUCUUCAGUCAUGAGCACCAUAUCAGACUGUGCCGAGUCGCAAGAGAGCAUGAGGAGGAUGCAUCUCAUACCACCUCAGGUGCUGGUUCCACUCUCCAUGAAAUCCUCCUCACCAUCAUCUGGGCUUACUGAUGUGGACAGAGAUGGAGCAGGGAGCCAGGAGAAGAGCUUUGGAUUUGUGAUCCCUGAGGGAAGAGUGCAUGGUGGUGGUUUGAUGUCUUUGCUUGGGAGAAAUCUCAAUAAUGCUUUUGGUGGAAGGGUGUGAGCUUGGCCAGAUGAAUAAUGUUCUAAAUAACUCAAUUGUCCUAUUGGGAGGGAUAAAAGGGGGUUGAUUAGAAUCAGAUGUCUAUAUUAUAGGUGCUGCAUUUGUCGUUUCGAGCUCUAUAAAUUCUAGUCUGGUUUGGUUGUUGUUAGCUUCACUAUGUCGAACUACUUCAUGGCUUGGAAUUGUGUUUGAACAUAGGUGAUGGUGAUGUAAUGAGUUCUGAAAUCUUUCAAUCCUCUAAGCUUUCAGACUUCAAGUCUUGUUAGCAAGGGUGCUGUGUGAUUCAACUAAUGAUUCUAUUCCUCUGGAAUGUUUGAGGAUUCCCAUUUGAAUGUUUGUUUACUAUGGGCUGAAGAUUAAAACUAGUUAUGUUA